AUGCACCUGCUUCGAGAACAGCAAGGUGUUAUGUUGAUCGAGGGGUUUCCUCAACCUCAGAUCCCAGAGGCGGUCCAGCCGGAGGCUCCCGAGGGUGCGACUGAUGAGGAGGUCCAGCCCGAGGACGUGGAUGAUACUGCUGUCGUCCGCCCCACCACCUUCGAGUACGGGAGUGGCAGUUCCAGCUUCCCCGGCCAGGACUACUUCUCUCAGCAGUUCGAGCAGCUGCGUCUCCAGAAUCAGCAGCUCUGCGACUAUCAGAUCCAGUUUCAGCAGCAGUAUUCGGCUCACCAUGCCGAGUACCAGACCAAGAUGGCGACGUAUGAUGAGCGCCUUGAUAGGAUGGAGACCCAGCAGGGGGUGACCAUGGCGCGCAUCGAGAGGGAGCAGGCCCGAGCUAGGCGCAUGCAGGAGGUACAGGGGCAUCUGCUCCAGCUGCUACCGGGCGAGCAGCCAGUCUGGAGGACUCCCUGGGAUGACUCUCCACUUCUACCUCCACCAGCUGAUGACAAUGAUGCAUUCAUGAAUGACAUCGAUCUGGACAACCUUGGCGACGAGUAG